AUGGUUACAGCGUGUACAGAUCCGCCCCCGUCGCCGCCCCGCCCUAACCUCUCUCGGGUCCCCUCGCGGCCUCAACUUUCCCGGCCCUCAACUCCUAGGUAUGCCGAGCUAGAAAACAUGCUCGAGGACUCGGCGGAAGCUCUUCGACGGGGCAACGUGCUCCUACAUAGCCAACAGCUCAAGACAGACGCCCAGGCAAGACAGAUCAAGCGUCAGGAUGAGGACCUCGCAACCCUCCGGGAGGAGCGAGAGACGCAGCUGGCGAAGGCGGAUCGGAACGCCACGGAACUCGCGCAAGUCUUGAGGCGGGAGAGGGCCGGGCAGAGCAGCAUCGCCGACGCACAGGUCGAAGUGGGCGACUUGAAGGCAGAGCUAGCCGAGAUGCGGGAUGCAUUUGCAAAGGGUGUGGUUCGCAAGAGCCAAGAGGUCAUCAACGCGCACGAGAAGGCCCUCAAGAACGCACGGUCAGAGCUCUUGUCCCUAUCCCUCGAGGCCGACAAGCAGUCCUCCCGGCACCACCAAGCAUCCGCUGAGGCUGCUACGGAGACGGCGAGAGCAACAGCUGACAAAAACGCUGCUCUUCGCGAGUCCCGUGCCUUGAGGAUCGAGAAGGAGGGACUCAAGGACAAGCUGGAGGAAGCCGGGCGCAAGUUGGACGAACUCCAAGCCCAGCGAUCGGAGUUAGGUGCGGCGAUGGAGGCCGUGGCGGCCAGGAAUAGCGCCGCCGUUCAAGGAGGGCACAGCAACAGCGGUCCGCAGCAACACACCUACCCGAAGCCCAACAGCGAUAGCUCAUCACAAGUUGCCACUCGAGGCCGCCGCCAACAAGACUUCGAGAAACACCCGGAAUGUACCUACGACAACGGGAGCUCCAACGCCCCACAGGUUCAGAUCGACAACUUCCCUCGGCAGCAGCAAGGGAGAAGCUCACCCCCGUCAUUAUCGGUCCACACUAGCCUCGGCACCACCACGCAGGGGGGGGCUUCUUCUUCCCUCCGGCGCUCGUACCGGGUGGCAUCCGCUGAAGAAGCAGCAGAGGGACAAAAAUUGUCGUCGACACAUCGACCCUCGAGCAAAUCGGUUUUGUCUCGCCAAGCAGAACCGGAAUCUCCGCGCGAAGGCGCGCUCAAGUCAACGAACGGGCGCACCGACAACAACCACAGUCUUCCUUCCUCUUCUCCCUUCCCGGCAGCCGGGGUGGGUCGGGUUGCUUCCGCCAGCCCUGCCACGUCUGCUGCAGAUGCCGGUGGCGGCGGCGGGAGCGGCACCGACCGCCGCAAAGGCGGGGAAGGUGAUGCCGGCCGCAUAGGUGGCACCCAGAACAUCGACCCCGACGUAACCGCUGUUUCGCACAACCGUGGCCCCAACAAUGUCUUAGACGGAGCAGGAAGGCGGGGGCAAAGUGACGGAACAGGUAUUGUUGACGGCGGCCGAACGGGAGCUUCCGGCCUACGCUCCCGCUCGAGGCUCCGCUCGCCAGCUGGUAACGACUACUCGAACGAUGGAUCGGAAGCUGUUCGUGCGGCUCGAGUAGAUGUGGAUGGCUCUGACGAUGCCGGAAGCAAGCGGAAGAGAGCAAAAACAGGCCCUUUGGAAGCGGAUGCUGCUGCUGCAGCAGCAGCAGCCGGCGCUGGGGGUUUGACGGAUUCAUUGUCCCCUCCCCUGCUGUCUGGUGCGACUACAUCGAGUCGCUUGAGCCACUUCGAUGCCGGGAACAACAGGCCCGGAGAGGCAGUCCAAGUCCAGGGCAAGGGUGGCGACUCCACCCUCGAGGGGGUUUGCCCCUCAUGCGGCGACACCCCCUAUGGCCUCAUGAUCAACUGCAGCGGCUGCGCUCGGCAGUACCACAGCUCCUGCGUUCCAGACGGGCAGAAGGUGGGCAAGGGGCUGGGGGCAACUGUGUUCCUCUGCUCCAAAUGCAGCGGCAACGACUGA